UGAACCAUUUAAAUUGUUUCACUAUUAUAUACAUAUAUGAACGAAGCAUAAUAUUUAUGCUAUAAGAGCUGGCUGAUAAUAUGGCUGACAAUAACAAAACUAUGUCUAACGAACCUGCUAUAACACAACUCUCUCAUCAUUUACAACAGAAAUUAUGUCAAACACGACCACCUUAUCGACAAGGGAAAAAAUUGACUGCAGUUAAGAUAUAUACAAUUAAUGAUGAAUCACAGCAUUUGAUGAUUUGUGACGUACCACAAUUGCAAUUAAGACAAGAAAUAAAAAAACUUGUCUUUCCUUAUGGAGCUGUAAAAAAAGUUCAUGUAGUUUCUAAUUAUCCUUCAGAAGAAUUUACAGAAGCAUACCAUAUACAUUAUGAAGAUAUACGAAGUGCAAGCAUUAACAGAACUUUCAACGUCAUUUACAAUAUAUUGUGCAGAAUAGCAAAGCAUUUCCUUGAUGGCAAGAAUUUUUAUGGUGGUAUUCUACAUGUUUUUUAUGCUCCUGAAUUGGAAUCUAUAUCAGAAACAAGAGCAAAACUUAUGCAACGUUGUAAAGAUGUAUCUGUACGAUUAAAACGUAAUAAACAAGAUUUUGCAUAUAAUAGGAAAUUAUCUCAAGGAGAACAAACAAUAACUUCACAGUCCUUAUCUGGAAACCAACUUAAUCAAAUUGAUUAUCAAGCUACUUACAAUGAACCUUUCUUUAAUAAUGGUCAACAAAUAAAUUAUGAAUCUAGUAUAGCGAUAGAAAAGAGAAACAUUCAAAAUAUUAAAACUUCAAUUGCAACAACUGUAGUACCAAUUCAGUCUAAAAUAAUAAAUACUGGAAACAUAAGUGAUACAGAGCAUUUAUUACCAGAAAUAAAAAAUUAUGAUAAAUGUAAAAAAAGAAAAAAUUACAAAGGACAGUCUAUUAGAGAUAAUAUCAAGGUUAAAGUCAUUAGACCAUCAAUCAUAGAUACUAGUAAUAUUUUAAAAUGCGACAUUAAAGAUAAAAACGUAUCCAAUAACGCAAAUAAGGAAGAAAAAAAUACUAUUGUUGUUAAAAAAAUAACCAAUAAUGACGCUAUUAAAAAACGAAUUGUUUUAAAAAACUCAAGUAUUAAACAAUUAGUGAAACCAAGUCAAGAUCUUCAAAGUUCUAUACAAACGGUUAAAUUUCAAAUACGAUCGGCUUUACAAAAGUGUGAGAAUUACUUGUCUUAAUCAAAAAAAAAUUAUGAUACAUAAAUAUAUUAAUUGCAAAUAGUACAAAAGGUUUUCAUUUAUAAAAUUAAAACUUAUUUUAUAUUUACAUAUAAUUAUUUAAAUAAUAACUGUAGAAUUCACAUCCCACUGAAUUCCUUUAAAUUUUGAUUUAGCAUAAGAUUUUUUAUGGGGUGAUGUAUUUUCAUGUUGUAUUAUAUUACUGAAAUUUUUAUUCUGUAACAUAUGUUGAGGGGAUUUAGUCAAUAUUGUAUCUAAUUGUGCAUUAUUACACCUAUUUCUGAGAGGUGUUCGUUUCUAAAGAAAAAAGAAAAUUAAAUUAGUAUUAUUACUAUAA